CUCACGGGCCCAGCCGCUCCGCGGCAUGUGGGAUCUUCCCGGACCGGGGCACGAACCCGUGUCCCCUGCAUCAGCAGGCGGACUCCCAACCACUGGGUCACCAGGGAAGCCCAGGACUUGUCUUUUGAAUGUGGGAAGGUAUCAAGCCGGGCCCAGCGUGAGAGCAGGGACAGUGUGGGAGGCCUAGGGUCCUUUGUGUUUACAUGCACCUUGCGUGUUCGAGAAUCACGGACUAGAACUCUCUUGCUGAGUCAGAGCUGUGAUUUGGUCGCUCAAGACAGAAGGCGGGGAACACGAAUGAAUUGUAGAAUUACAGCGGUGAGGAGGGACGGGGAUGACUUCCUUUGGCCCCAGGAGGGGUGUGUUGUGGAGAUGAAGACACCGAGUCCUGAAGGUGACUCUAACCAGGCCUCUUGGCGGUCAGGGCAGAGUCAAUGCCCUAGUCGCCGUCCUGGCUCCCGCUGCCAUCCGCCCCCGCUCCCACCGGCCUCCCGCCACAAGCGCCCCACCCACCCCAUACUUCCGGAUUCCGCUCCGCCCCCUCAAAGCAGUUCCGGUUCCCGAGGCUGGAAGACGCGGCCCUGAACGGUGUUGCGGUAAGUCCGCGCAGCGAGGGCCCUUAGAACUACUGGGCCCGGAAACAGCGGGCCCAGGCGUCAGCGGGCCCUUAUUUCUCGGACAUUACACCGGACGUUACGCGGCCGCCAUUUACCUCACGAAAGCCAGAGAUUGGGCCCAAUGGUAUGUGGGGUCAUGUGGCAUCUAAGGACUUCUUCAGGGUUCUACUAUGGGCCAGGCUUUGCUGCCACUUCUGAUUUGAACCUGAACCUGCUGCUGGACUCACCCUGAGUGCUGGGAUUCUUUGGGCUGUGUGCCCCGAGGAUGUGCCUGGACCUGCCUGUCGGUGUCCCAGCAAACCUACAGCCUCCCUACACAGACCUAGCCUUUCCAGGCUCCUCAGCCCAGACCCAUGAGCUAAUGAAAUAGAGCAGGCUGUGCGCUCUAGAGCCUGCGAGCCACAACUACUGAAGCCUGCGUGCCUAGAGCCCAUGCUCCGCAACAAGGGAAGCCACUGCAAUGAGAAGCCCGCGCACUGCAACAAAGAGUAGCCCCCGCUCGCUGCAACAAAGACCAUGUGGUCGCCGCAACAAAGACCAUGCGCAGCAACAAAGACCCAACACAGCCAAAAAUAAAUUAAUUAAUUUUAAAAAAAAGAGGGCAGGCUGGAGGUCACUGGGCUCAAGGCAGCCAUGGAUGCCAGGUGGUGCUGAGAGCAGUGGGGCAUGGCUGCAGCCCUGCAGGUCCUGCGUCACUUGGCCCGAGCCCCCUUGAGCCCGCUCCUCUGGGGGGGCCCAUUGGCCCGGCUGGCCAGUAGCAUGGCCCUGGCAGAGCAGGCACAGCAGCUGUUUGAGAGCACUGUGGGUGCCGUGCUGCCGGGCCCCAUGCUGCAGCGGGCACUGUCUUUGGAUCCUGACAGUGGGCAGCUGAAGGUGAGGGACCGGAGCUUUCAGCUGCAGCAAAACCUCUACCUGGUGGGCUUUGGCAAGGCUGUCCUGGGCAUGGCAACUGCAGCUGAGGAGCUCUUGGGCCAGCAUCUUGUGCAGGGCGUGAUCAGCGUUCCCAAGGGGAUCCGUGCUGCCAUGGAGAGUGCUGGCAAGCAGGAGAUGCUGUUGAAGCCACACAGCCGUGUCCAGGUAUUCGAGGGCGCGGAGAACAACCUGCCGGACCGAGAUGCCCUGCGGGCUGCUCUGGCCAUCCGGCAGCUGGCUGAAGGCCUCACAGCUGAUGACCUGCUGCUCGUGCUCAUCUCAGGUGGGGGCUCGGCCCUGCUUCCCGCCCCCAUUCCACCUGUAACACUGGAGGAGAAGCAGACACUCACCAAGCUGCUGGCGGCCCGUGGAGCCACCAUCCAGGAGCUGAACACCAUCCGGAAGGCCCUGUCCCAGCUCAAGGGUGGGGGGCUGGCUCAGGCGGCCUACCCUGCCCAGGUGGUGAGCCUGAUUCUGUCAGACGUGGUGGGGGACCCUGUGGAGGUGAUUGCCAGCGGCCCCACCGUGGCCAGCAUCCACAGUGUGCAAGAUUGCCUGCACAUCCUCAAUCGCUAUGGCCUUCGUGCUGCCCUGCCACGUUCUGUGAAGACUGUGCUGGCACGGGCUGACUCUGACCCCCAUGGGCCACACACCUGUGGUCAUGUCCUCAAUGUGAUCAUUGGCUCCAAUGCACUGGCACUGGCUGAGGCUCAGAAGCAGGCCGAGGCGCUGGGAUACAGGGCUGUGGUGCUGAGCACAGCUAUGCAGGGAGAUGUGAAAAGUGUAGCCCAGUUCUAUGCACUGCUGGCCCGAGUGGCUGGAACCCGCCUCACCAUGCCUGGGGCUGGAGCCUCUGUGGAGGAGGAUGAACAACUCUAUGAACUGGCGGCUGAGCUCCAGCUCCCAGACCUGCAGCUGAAGGAGGCUCUGGAGGCCAUGGUGGGCACUCAGGGCCCGGUCUGCUUGCUGGCUGGUGGUGAGCCCACAGUGCAGUUGCAGGGCUCAGGCAAGGGUGGCCGGAACCAGGAACUGGCCCUGCGUGUUGGAGCAGAGCUGGGACGGUGGCCGUUGGGGCCUGUUGAUGUGCUGUUUUUGAGCGGUGGCACUGAUGGGCAGGAUGGGCCCACAGAGGCAGCCGGGGCCUGGGUCAGGCCUGAGCUUACCAGCCAGGCCGCCGCCCAGGGUCUGGACGUGGCUGCCUUCCUAGCUCACAAUGACUCACAUACCUUCUUCUGUCGCUUCCAGGGUGGGGCACACCUGCUGCACACGGGGCUGACUGGCACCAAUGUCAUGGACGCCCACCUCCUGUUUCUGCAGCCGCGGUGAUAUUGUAGGUCAUGUUUUGGGAACCUAGAGGAGACCUGCAGGGCAGCGUCCUGGAGCAGACCAGGUUUGGUCCCCAGGGCCUCCCCAGGCUUUAGGGCCUCUCCUCUCCUUGGCCCUAGCUACAUGGUUGUCCCUCACACCUCCCAACCAGGGCCUCUGCUUUGUGUCCAACGCCUCAACCAGACAGGCAGAUGGGGGUUCUCUUCCACCCCUACUUUUUCAGCUGUGGCAGCAGGUACCCCUGAGGACCAGGACGAGCCCCUAGGCCAAUUUGCUGCUCCCAUUGUUUUCCCCCAGGCAGCCCCUCUGCACAGCUCCUGAGCAUGUUUCUUCUGUGGGGUGAAACAGGAAGGACUGAAAAUAAAAAGGACCACACUAUGGGUUCUCAGUGCUUCUUCCCUCACAGCAAAGGUUAGCGGGGAGCUGCCGGGAAGGGGAAUGGUGUUGGGCAGCAGCCCCUGUGCCAGGGCCCUGCAGGAGUUCUCUGUACCCAUCUCUGCAGGGCACUUGCUUCACUUAAACAGGAGCUUGGGAGGGUUGAGCGUGGCUCCCAACAUGCUUGAUGUGGGUGAGCAGAGACCCCAGGGAGGACAGGCCUAAGAACUUUAGUCUGUGAGGUCUGGGAGGGACUGGCCACCCAUCCAACUGUCACUCUCCCCUGUGGCAUCCCUGCUGAGGUCUCUCCACCCUGUGAUGGAGUGCCUCUCUGGGCACAUGCUUACUGCCUGCCACCAAGGACUUCCUUCUGUCUUUGGACAGCCCUUAGCCAGACUGUACUUUCUUUGGUUGAUAAACCCCUAUUUAUCCAGGGGUUACCCCCAGCCACACAGGACACUGGGUGUUGUUUCCUUGUGUCAGACCCAUUUUCCCAGGCUGAACCACUCCCUACCCUCAGAGCCUUUAGCUGUUUCUCUGGGAACACAGUCCAGUUCCUGGUGCCAGCCUGCAGUGGGGGUCUCCAGUGCUGGGAUGGUGGGUCAGAGCAGUGGUGGGGUCCAGCAGCCCCUCUCCCCUUCUCCUGUUAUGGCUGCCUGGGAAGAGGCCAGUGGGGAGGGGAGCAACAGAGGAAGGGCUUCCUUAGCCAGGCUAGCAGACUGCCCUGGGAGAGGGUGGGGCCACUGUCCCGGCUCUCCUUGGGCCCCCUUGUUCAGUGUUCGAGCCCUCCGCUGGCUGCCCCCACCGUGCGCCACGGCUCCAAUCCCUAUAUGAGUGAGCAGUAGAAUCACAUAGGAAUAAAAAGCCAUAGAGAACAGCGAGGCCUGGGGCUGUUCCUGCUGGCCUCCUCCUCCAUCCCAGCCGUGCCCUCCUCUCUGAGGGUGUGAGGGGCUCUGGGCCAGGGCUGGCGUGCCCUGCUCCUGGGAAGAGCCUCCCUUCUCUACUUGGGCUCCAGAUGAUGCAGCUUGC